CCCAUCCCAUCCCGAGUGGUUUGUAUCUGCAAGGUGUUCGUUUUGUGAUGGUUCGUGUACGUUCGUUCCCUGCAAGAGAGAGUGAAUGCCUUUGAAAUUGACUGGAAUUGUUGAAGAAGAUGGCAGCACUAGUAGACAAUGUGCCGAAUGUAAACAACAAUGCGGCCAUCUUGGAAUCAGGCAAUGAGUCCAAUGGCGUUAUACAAGCCUUACUUACUGAUCAAUACCAGAUCACUAUGGCAUAUGCCUACUGGAAAAGCAGCAAACAAGAUUGCAGAGCUGUUUUUGAUCUCUUCUUCCGUAAGAAUCCAUUCCGAGGAGAAUUCACCAUCUUUGCUGGUCUUGGAGAAUGUUUGAAAUUCUUGAAGGGUUUCAAAUUCACAGACUCGGAUAUUGUGUAUUUGCGCACCGUUCUACCGCCCUCUAUCGAGGUUGAAUUUCUGGACUAUCUGAAGUCGCUUGAUUGCUCCCGUAUUGAACUGUAUGCAAUCCCAGAAGGCUCUGUAGUGUUUCCAAGGGAACCAUUAUUACGUAUUGAAGGACCGCUGCCAUUGGUUCAACUCUUAGAAACCACUCUUCUCAAUCUGGUCAACUAUGCAAGUUUAGUAGCCACAAAUGCAGCCCGUUUCCGACUAGCAGCAGGACCCAACAAACAGCUUCUUGAGUUUGGACUGAGACGAGCGCAGGGACCAGACGGAGGUCUUUCUGCUAGUAAAUACAGCUAUAUGGGAGGUUUUGAUGGAACCAGUAAUGUCUUAGCAGGGAAGUUGUUUAACAUUCCAUUGAAAGGAACCAAUGCUCAUUCAUUAAUCAUGGCAUUUAGUCGCUUUGAUGACUUGAAAAAGAAGAUGAUCCAGCCUAAAGAUAAAUCUAAGGAGUGUGUUGAUCUUGCUGCAAUCUCGUUGACAUAUCUGACUAAAGUAUGUAAGCUAUUUAACAUCACAGCGACUCAUCAAGGAGAGCUAGCGGCCUUCAUUGCUUUUGCACUUGCAUUCCCGCAAUCAUUCCUCAUCCUGGUUGACACUUAUGAUGUUCUCAAAAGCGGUAUUGCUAAUUUUUGUGCAGUUGCCUUAGCUCUAAAUGAGGUAGGAUAUCAAUCUGUUGGAAUAAGAAUUGACAGCGGUGACUUAGCGUAUCAAUCUGUGAAGAUAAGAGACACCUUCAAGACAGUUGGCAAUGAGUUUGGAUUGCCCUGGUUCAAAGACCAAACAAUUGUUGCUAGUAAUGACAUCAAUGAAGACACUCUACUGUCUCUCAAACAACAGGGGAACUCAAUUGAUGCCUUUGGUAUUGGUACUCAUCUUGUGACAUGCCAGAGACAACCUGCACUCGGCUGUGUGUUUAAGUUGGUUCAAAUUGAUGACACACCUCGUAUUAAACUGAGUCAUGACAUUGAAAAAGUCACUCUACCUGGUAGGAAGCAGAUCUUUAGACUCUAUGGAGCUGAUGGUUUUGCUAUUGCUGACUUAAUGGCUCAAGUUCAUGAACCUUCGCCUGCCCUACAUGAAGAAGUGUUAUGUCGUCAUCCAUUUGAGGAGCUAACCAGAGUUAAUGUACAGCCAUCAAGAGUGGAACAUCUGCAUAAGAUCUUUAUGAAAGACGGACAGAUCUGCCAACCCUUACCAACUCUUACUGAGAUCCGAGCUUAUGUCCAGCAUGGGAUCCGUUCAAUCAGACCAGAUAUCAAAAGAGAACUUAACCCUACACCGUACAAGGUUUCUGUAAGCAGCAAUCUGUAUAACUUUCUCCAUGAUUUAUGGCAGGAGAGCUUACCUAUUGGUCUGCUUAGAUGAUGCAACACACUACAUACAUCAGAUACUAAAGCUUAUAGCUGCUACUACCCAAAGUGGAGUUACAUUGUAACACUUUGUGUGCAGCGAAGAUUAUACAAGUAUCAUUAGUGAGUGUACACUGCUAUAAAGUUUACUUCUGUGUGAUUCCAUCAAGCUUAAUGAGUCAUUUGUCAUAAAUAUCAGUAUACACCAAAACAUGCUGACGGGUUUAAAUUUACAAAAUAUUUGUUUUUUGUAAAUUUAAAAGCCAUUUUUUUACAACUUAUUUUAUGUUGGCAACUUCCUACUUUAUAAAUAACAUCAAAAAGGGGUUAAAAAUAGCAAUGAAAGAAAAUGUGCCAAUUUAUUUUCAAUUAACAACUCAACAUUAAACCCCUUUUUCUCAGUUGUAUUCUCUUGCUUGGUGUUUCUACUCUCACAACUUAAAAUUGAUCUAAAAAGUGUAAAAAAGCAUAGAUUAUGUAUCUACCAAGUGAAAGUGUCCUGAGUCAACAAUCGACUCAUUUUGCUUGCUCUCAUCACAUUUGUAUGCCCUUGAUUUGACAAUAAGUGCAAUUAACUAAGUGCAAGUAAAUCACCCUAAAGGUAUUACAGCGAGGUGGGGCCCCAGAGCCGAGGCCCCAAUGUUACUGAUGAUUGAUGGGCAAAAAGAGCCAAAGUAAUGAUCAGCUGCCAAUAAUUUAUUUUCAUAGGUUUUAGUUUCAAGUUUUUAAUAAUUCAAAGAUUGUAGAUCAUGUGAUUUGUUUGAGUUUACUAAACUAAAAACGUACUGCAUUUUAUUCCUAAAUUGAGAGUUGAAUUUUGGUGGAGGAAAUGAUUAAAUUACAUCAGUACUGAAGAAUUUGAAAAGUCAAUCAUCUUAAGUUGAUCAUUGCAAAAGGCGAAUGUAAUACAAAUACAUUAAAUUACAUCAGUACUGAAGAAUUUGAAAAGUCAAUCAUCUUAAGUUGAUCAUUGCAAAAGGGGAAUGUAAUACAAAUACAUUAAAUUACAUCAGUACUGAAGAAUUUGAAAAGUCAAUCAUCUUAAGUUGAUCAUUGCAAAAGGGGAAUGUAAUACAAAUACAUUAAAUUACAUCAGUACUGAAGAAUUUGAAAAGUCAAUCAUCUUAAGUUGAUCAUUGCAAAAAGGCGAAUGUAAUACAAAUACAUUUACAUGAGAUACACUUAAAAAUAAGAAGACAAGAAAAGAAAACAUUGUUUGAAUGGUGCAUAGAUUCUGUGUUGUAUAAUGCAACCAGUUAUUAAAGUGCCUUGGUCUUUUCUGCUCCUUGCUCUAUUAAAGGCAGUGGACACUAUUGGUAAUUACUCAAAAUAUUUAUUAGCAUAAAUCCUUUCUUGGUAACGAGU